AUGUCAUCCUCGAACGGGGGAGACGGCUGGCUCCAGUGGUGGAGCUCUACGAAAACGAAGCAAGAUGCGACGAAAGCAGAUGAUUCUAUUAAGGAUAAUGAUGAGAGUUCUGUGACUCAAACAGAGCCGUCGAAAGACAAGGGUCUUUCACCUCCUGAUAAGGCUAUUCGCCUCAAGCAGUCUUCUUCAUCGCUUUCGUCUGUGGCAGGAGGGAACUGGCUCAGCUGGUCAUCCAAGACAAAUAAAAAGGCAGAAAUGACAACACAUAGAGAUAGUGAUAGGGAUGAAGGGAACGAAGCUAUAAAAAAAGAUGAGAGGAAAGAAGACGAUAACGACAAUAGUAAUGAUAAUGAUGAAAUUGAUUAUGAUCCUGAUGAUAAUGGGGACGAGGUAGACGACCAUAUUUGCAAAAGCAAGAGGAGCCAUAGUUCAAGUUGGAAUUUUUGGAAUUCUAACGGAGGUAGUAGUAGUGACAAUAAUCACGGUAUUAAUCAAGAAGAUAAAGAGGGAAAUAAGGACGAUAAGACGAAGACCAAAGAGAACGAAAAGGAGAAAAAAGUUAGCACAGCAAAUACUAUUUUGAGAUCGACCCCGUCAAUACCAUCUAAAUUGGAGGUGUUCAGCAAUUCGAUUGCCAAGGAGGAAAAGGCGAACGAAUCCGACGACAAUACACCUCCUCCGCCAUCUGAUAAGAGCGGUGACGAUGCUGUAUUGUACAAACCCCAUGAUAAUGCGAAACAGUUUAAUAAGAUCAAUACACAUAAAAAUGAAAACUUGAAAGAAAAUGUUAUCGUUCCCAACUGGAAUCUGUGUUUGCCAUAUCAAUCGUCUGCUACAUCUUCAACGUCGUCGUUAGUCAGUUCAGCAUUUGGAAGUAAUUCUACUGCAAACCAAGGUAACUCAUUUUCUUCCAAGGUUGACUUUAGAAAUUGGAGACAGUUAUUGAGUCAAAUAUCAACUAGACUAGGCUUUGGGUCACAUUCUUUAACUAGCGUGGUCGAUUCUGGUGAUUUAAAUCAGGAUGAGAGUGACUCUAUGGACCAAGUUGAGAAGGAGGUUAAUUUUCUAUAUGAGAAAACCUACAGAUUAUAUGGAAGAUCAUUAGCGAAGUUACCAAGUCAUAAAAGGGCCUGUUUACCCAACUAUAAUAAAGCAUAUUCACAAACUCAUAAGGACCGCGCAGCUAAGGUUCAAAAUCAAUCAUCAACGAAUAACCCAGACGAUGAUAGUAAUAAUAUCUCCAUCAGCAAUGAUCCUAUGGGAAACCUUUUAAUCAAUCACAAACAAUCAAACAAUCCUAGCUACAUGACUUCGGAGACCAUGACUGAUAUAGCGUCUCAAAAAGUGGGACCCUUGAAGAGAAUUAAAAAAAUUCUUAUAAUAGGGGUUCAUGGAUUCUUUCCAACAAAAAUGAUACGCCCCAUAAUAGGUUCGCCAAAGGGUACUUCCUUGAAAUUUGCGACUGAAGCGGAGAAGGCAAUCAUUCGUUAUUGUUUAGACAAUAAUCUUUUCAAUGAAAACGAAAAUAAUGUUAGCAUUCAAAAAAUUGCUCUUGAAAAGGAAGGAAAAAUUUUUGAUAGAGUCUCGUUUUUUACAGAAAUCUUGAUGAAAUGGAAGAAAGAGUUGAAUGAUGCAGACUUCAUUUUUGUUGCUGCACAUUCACAAGGAUGUGUUGUUUCAAUAAUUUUAUUAGCUAAACUUAUAGAGAUGGGCAUUCUAAAUAAUCCAAUUAAAAAGAGAAUUGGUCUCCUUGGCAUGGCAGGAAUCAAUAAUGGACCAUUCUAUGGAGUAGAUAAAUCGUUUUUUAUGAAAGCAUAUUCCGCAAUCGAGCAUGACUCGUUAAUGGAAUUGUUUGAAUUGACAAAAUUUUCCAGUCCGCAAUCUUUGGCAUAUAAAAAAUCAAUUCAAGUUAUCGUGAACGCCAAUGUCAAGAUAUGCCUUAUCGGGUCUAUCAAUGAUCAAUUGGUACCAUUAUACUCUGCGUUGGCAUCUCACAUUUAUCAUCCAAACAUUUAUCGUGCCUGCUAUAUUGAUCAUUCGUCACAAACUCCCCCAUUCAUACAAAACCUAGUUUCUGUGUGCUGUCAACUACAAAAUCUUGGUUAUUUUGAUAGUAAUGUUUUGAAGGAAUUAAGCACUUCUUUAGCGGGCUCAUUUACUGGAGGUGGUCACUCAAAGAUUUACAAUGAUGGUAAAGUAUAUGACUUAGGUAUUAGGUUCGUCCUUGAUACCGAUGACAUCGUAAUUCCAGCUACAGAUCCUUUGACAAUAGCUCAAAGCGAUUCCGAUGUUUUUGACAAGAUGCAUCAUCCAGCAUCUAAUAACCUUGCAACCGAAGAGCAAUCUACUAUGACUGCUGAAAACAUGCUUACCAUACCUGUUACAAAUCAAGUCUAUAUCAAAGAAUUCAACAUAGGAAAGAUAGGUACCAAUCCCUUCAUUCUUCCAUGGUGUUUGAGAGGUUUGCUAUUUAAUGUCGAGAAAAACUGGCCAAACAACAAUAAGUUGAUUACUGUUGGCACAGGUAAUGAAGUGGGGAGAAACGGUUAUGAUGAAAUAAGCGAUUUAUAUGAACUGUUUGAAAAGUGGAGUCCUGAUACUAAGGUACUAAAAGAUCUCAAGUUUAGACUUAAUGGACUUCGAGCAAGCAAAUUAUAA